CUUCAUGUUGUGCCUGCGGAGUUGCAACUUUUUCUCCAGCCGCAGCGCAGCGCAGCGCAGUACAACACUAAAAACCUGGGGUGCCCAUACAAAUUUCUGUGGCCUCCGAAGACAUGGCGACCGCUGUUGAUCAGAAGCUGCUGCGGCAGACCAAGUUCCCUCCCGAGUUCAGCCAGAAGGUCGAUAUGAAAAAGGUCAAUAUUGAGGUUAUGAAAAAAUGGAUUGCAGGCAAGAUCUCAGACGUUCUUGGCUCUGAAGAUGACGUUGUUAUCGAACUCUGCUUCAAUCUGCUCGAGGGUUCGCGCUUCCCCGACAUCAAAGCGCUACAGAUCUCGCUUACCGGAUUUCUUGACAAGGAUACUCCUAAGUUUUGCAAAGAUCUAUGGAAUCUAUGCCUAAGCGCCCAAAGUAACCCACAAGGCGUCCCCAAAGAGCUGUUGGAAGCCAAGAAGCUGGAACUGAUUCAAGAGAAGAUCGAUGCGGAAAAAGCCGCAGCUGAGGUCCAGCAACGUAAGGACCACGAACAAACUCGCGAGAGAGAUGUCGAUACGAUCCGCCAACGAGAACGAGCAGAGCGUGGCCGAGGACGAGGAGGGCGUGGCAGGGGUGGUCGAGACUUUGGUGGUCGAGACUUUGACUCCCGCAGACCGCGAUUCUCGAGAUCUCCACCACCUCGCAGACGCUCCCCUUUCAGAGGAGGUCCUCCUCGUCGCGACGCUGAUACCUAUGUUCCAGGUGGUCGUGGCCGAGGGAGAGAUUUUGGGCGUGGACGGUCUCCGACAAGGUCCAUUUCGAGAUCUGCUUCCCGAUCACCUUCUCCACGCCGACCGCGACGCGAUGCUUCCCCACCGAGAUCCAAAUCAGUGUCUCAUUCACGGAGUCGCUCACCGCCGAGGCGCAGGCGGCCGCUUUCAAGGAGCAGGAGCAGAAGCAGGACGGACUCACCCCCAGCCAAGCAGGCAAGGAGGCCAAGAAGGGACUCGGGUUCAAGCGGUGAAAGACGCGCACGAUCCGAAACACGUUCUGAUCUAUCACGCUCACCUCCGCCUAGAAGACGCCGCAGAAGUCGUUCAUUCUCCUCCGUCAGCCGGAGCCCGAGUCCUCGCCGCCGCAGGGACCGUCGAGAUCGAUCUUAUUCGUCCUCAUUAUCAAGAUCCAGGUCAAGGUCGCCAAAGAAGAGACGGGAUUAUGGAAGAGAUGUUAGACGUCAUGAGAGAUCUCCCUCUUACUCUUCUGAUAACCGAGGAAGCAACAAGCGAGCUGAUGUUCUCAAAGGUCGCAAUGCACGCGAUGAUCGCCGUCUGAGUCGCAGCCCGAGUCCACCAAGUCAGCGACGUAGACGCAGUAUGAGUCACAGCAGAAGCCCCGGUCGACGACGACAGCCUCAUAAGCGAAGACGCUCGCUCCGCCGUUAUGAGCCGGCUGCGCGCAGACGCCGCAACACUUCCUCCGUCUCGUCACCCGAACAAAAGAGGCGCAAACGCGAUGGCUCAGAAGAUACUCCCAUGGAAAAUCCUGCUAACGGCCAUCAUAAGAGUGAUACGGAGUGAGACAGACUUUGCCUCUGAACAAACAUUGUGAAAUUCGAACCAUUAUGAGGGCAGGAAUUCCUCCAGCGGCUACUGCUGCCUCGCAGACUCUACGCGGCUCCAUAAUCAACCGUCAUGGCCUUGUGGACAGUAUGACCGGAUGGGCUGCGAUGACAAGCUUCUACCGUGCCAACGCAGCUUCUUUCAGGUUUGAGCUCCAUGCACGCCGGUCUCCGAGAGCAUUGUCACCAGGUCGGUUUGCAUCAGAGACAUGCAAAUGUCAUGACAUAAAAAUGAGUGCUGAAGCAUUCUCAUUGCCGAUUAUGAGCACAUUUGCGGGUGUCCGUGCGGUGAGCCUCAGCCGGGGACUCCUCCGCUCCGCAUCUGUCAUUUUUGUUGUGACGGUCAGGUCCCAAGCCAAUAGUUGAUUUCAUAGUUGCUACAAAAAUCACGUGACCAUGAUUCCCCUUGCGGUUGCGUCUUUCC